AUGAGAAAGGAAAACAUACCUUCGUCGGUGGAGAAGUUUGCCGAAGAAUCAGAUUGUCGCCGAUGGAGCAGCUCGUACGCCGGUGAGGAGUUGGAAAUCACUCUGGCAGAAGAAGUGUGGUGCGCCGGUGGUUACAAGUCGAUGGAAAAUAUGCAGGAGGAUAAGUUCGCUAGAAAGUCACUGCAAUUGAAGUCGGAAAAACGAGAGAAAUGGAGUGGGAGAAAUAGAAAUGGAAGGUCUGUGAUGCAGGAGAUGUGUAAGCAUGCUGUUGAUCGAAGCCAAAGCCAAUUAGUUGAUAUCACCAUUUGUGGUUUUGUCAGCGAGGAGCUUCUUGAGUAUAUUGCUAACAGCACACUUGGGAACCACUGGAUGAUGUUGGUUUGUUCUUUCUAA